AUGCUCACCUACCUUACCUACAGCAGCCACCAAAAGAUUGGAUCCAAUUCCAUUUACAAACCUUGGAACUCUCCUCUUUCUCUCUCUCUCUCUCUCUCUCUCUCUCCCUCCCUACCUACCUAUCGACCUAAGCCAUCUCCAUUCGCAUCUAUUCCUUUAGGGUACGAAAAACCUCAACGGCUUCUCUCUCCUUUUUGUAUAUGCCCAUGCCCAUACCCCUCCACCCUCGAAAUUUACUCCCUGGUCGUGCCUCAGACCUGUGACGCUAUAUCCAGCCACUGUCGUCAGUCGUACCAGAGCAGCCCGCUUCGGGAUCUCCCGCAGAACAGCACCUCCAAGUCGCUGGGUCAGUCAGUCAGUUACUCACACAUUCACAGUCAGUGUCAACGACACGCGCUCAGUCGACAUUUGCCCAUACGCGAAGGCACGCGUGACUCGAGAUUGGAAUAG